AUGAUAGUUCUUUCACUUGGUAGCAAUUGUAUAAAACUUGUUAGAGAUGACAAAGCCGCUGACGAGGGCCGGGGAGAACACCCGCACUUACACUAUGGCUGUGCAGAGUUGGCUCGGAGGGACAAAGCCAACCAACCGAAAGGAAAACUGACCCCGUUUUUUCUGCGGAAGGGUAAACGUCAGCUGCCGGGAUGUUCUGAAGACCUGCUCGCUAGGCUACGCACGGAGGACUUCGUUCCUCAUGGGCCCCGCGCCCGCCUAGGGGAAAGUCCCCGGACCGCCGGCAGAGAGUGCCGGGCGCUGCCCGCGCCCCCGCCCGCCGCCGCCUCACGCUUCCUUCCGCCGAGACGCCCGCGGGCCGAGCGGGUGAGCGCGGGGCGGGCUCUCGUCACGGCCACAGACACGCAGGUAGCGCGGCAGCCGCGCCAACAGAACGGGGCUCACUCUCAGGCCAUCCUAUUUUGGCGGGCGGGAGCUCGGCAGUGGCGCAUCCCUUGGGACAGCCCUGCCCGUGAGGAGGACACGCUGCUUCUCAGACCCUGUGGCGUGCGGGACAAGCGGCCCGGCGCCGCCCCGCUGCUCAUACCCGCUGGCCUUCAGGCGCCUCCUGGCAGAGUCGUUUUGGAGGUAGCAAGAGGCCAGAUGAAGUACACUGCCGCGGGCACUCGCACCUCGCACAAGUUCGUGGUGCACAGGAGGGCUCGGUGGGCAUCUGAGCAUCGGCACAAACGCUGGCACAGCUCCCAGUACAAACCACACCCUUCCAGCACGGCGGCCACUUGCCCGGGCUGUGCUGUGCGUACCUACCCCCGAUCCCCUGCUCCACCUUCUCUGCAGACACGGCCAGAACACUCCGCGCUGUCCCCUCCCCCCGUGGGGAUCCCCGCGCGGGUCCCGCCGGGGCGCGGAAGCGGCGGAGGCGCCUUUAAAGGGAGGCUCCGCCCCCGCGCGCGCUCCCGCCCCUCGCCGCGCGCCGGGCCAACGGGAGCGCGCGCCUGGGGAAGGCGGGAGAAUGCGAACCCCUGGCAGCGCCGCCGGCCGCGCCUUAUAAGGGCAGGGCCUCGCGCAUGCGCGCUGCGAGCAGGGGCGGGGGCGCCGAACAGGGGUUUAGCUCCGGCAGCGGCACCGCGGGAAGGGGCGCGCGACCCGCGGGACCCCGCGGAGGGGCGUCCGCACCUGCCUGGCCCGGCCCAGCGGCGAGCGCUCGCCGUCCCCCGGGUGCGGCCGCCCGAGGGCAACGGGGCGGCGGCAGGAGGAGGAGGAGGGGAAGAAGAAGAAGACGGAGAAGGGAGCGGGGCUGCCGCAAGGACCCCGCGCCCGGUGCGGGCGGCGCGGCGGCGGCGGAUGUGCUGCUGGCGCGGGGGGAUGAUGCUGGCGGGGCCACAGCUGGUGGCGGGGCCGGCGGCGCCGGGCGGGGAGCGGGCCCGGCUGCUCUCCCUCUAUGUGCAGGACUACCUAGAGUGCGUGGAAUCGCUGCCGCUGGACAUCCAGCGCAACGCCUCGCUGCUGCGGGAGAUGGACACGCAGUGCCAAGAAGCGUUAAAAGAAAUAGAUGAUGUCUAUGAAAAAUACAAAUCAGAAAAUGAUCCUGUUCAGAAGAAACGCUUGCAGCAGCAUCUUCAGCGUGCAUUAAUCAACAGUCAAGAACUUGGAGAUGAAAAAAUCCAAAUUGUUACUCAGAUGCUAGAACUGGUAGAGAAUCGAGCUCGUCAAAUGGAAACACACUCUCAGUGUUUUCAAGAUAUGUCUGAGAAUGAAAAGCCUCUAGAAAAGGCCAAGAUGGAGUCCUGUCAGCCAGAGAGAUCCUCCCGUAGGCCUCGCCGCCAGCGAACCAGCGAAAGCCGUGACCUGUGCCACAUAGCAAAUGGGAUUGAUGACUGCGAUGAUCAGCCACCUAAAGAGAAAAGAUCAAAAUCUUCCAAGAAGAAAAAACGCUCCAAAGCCAAACAGGAGAGAGAGGUUUCACCUGUAGAAUUUGCAAUUGAUCCCAAUGAACCAACGUACUGCUUAUGCAACCAAGUGUCUUAUGGUGAAAUGAUAGGAUGCGACAAUGAACAGUGCCCUAUUGAGUGGUUCCACUUUUCCUGUGUUGGACUCACAUACAAGCCAAAGGGGAAAUGGUAUUGCCCCAAGUGCAGAGGAGACAAUGAGAAAACAAUGGACAAAUGUACUGACAAAUCAAAAAAGGAUAGGAGAUCGAGGUAGUGAAAACAAUUUAUGUUUUAAAGAGUUGCUCCUUUUAUAUUAAAAUGUUUCAUUUCCAGAGAACAUUGUUUUAGGAAAUGCAUAAGACUAUGCAAUAAUUUUUAAUCUAUAAUAUUAAUGGAGUAUUAAAAACUGUUAUACCUUCUGUGAUCUUUAACCUUCUGCACUGAAUAACCAAAUAAUUGAAACAGGGUGGCUUCAGACCUUUCACAGAAGACAUUACAAGCAGAUGACGCUUGGUUUCAAUUUAACCCCAUUAGUAUUUUAAAAAACCUUGUGGUUCCUGAAAUAAUGGUGGUGGGAAAGAUACUGAAGAACUUUUCAUGUUAUGAUAAAGGGGUUGAAAGGCCUCACAUCUCUGCUGGCAUCUUAACAACUGAGUUUGUUCUUUAUCCCAGGUUUUACGUUUUCAGUUUUCAUGUUAACAUCAUGCAUUUGGAGUUAGGGGUUUUGAAUUCAGCUGUAACUGUAAAAGUCUUCCGAGCUAUAAGCAGACCUCUCCAGUGACUUUCAUAUGACCAGUAUGUUAUUGCAAGGAAGAAAAUACCACUAACUUAAUCUUUUCUUUUUUGCCAACAUUAAACUCUUGUCUUUGUGACUAUA